AUGAGACGUCUGAACGGGCUGACCCGUGCGCCCGAACCCGACACGAGGGAAAUAUGCUCCGACCAGCACAACAAGAGGUGCAGCCACCUUGUCAACAGGCGGUCCGCCAGAGACCACGCCGCUACUGCAAGCGGCGGGUCAAUGAGAUACCGCGGCGUCCGGCGGCGACCGUGGGGCCGCUACGCUGCAGAGAUUCGCGACCCUCAGUCUAAGGAGCGGCGCUGGCUGGGGACCUUCGACACUGCCGAGGAGGCCGCUUGCGCUUACGACUGCGCAGCCCGCGCCAUGCGCGGCAUCAAGGCUCGAACCAACUUUGCCUACCCCUCCGCAGCAGCCGCCGCUGCCGCCGCCACGUCUUCACCCCCUCCCUCCGCUGCAGAUCAUCUCAUCAUCCCUCCCUUCACUUUCCCAAAACAAUCUCACCCGCCUGUUGGCCACUUCUCCACGAACACGCUUCUCCGUGGAGAUCUUAUCAACUCUCCUCCGCCCCCGCCUUACGAUCACAUUACGUACGUCAAUGGCUCUUCUUCUUCCGCCAAGGGCUUCUCUGAUAAUACUUCCACGGGUUUUUCAGCCAACCCGCCGGCGGUUAACGACAUGGGUUUCUUCUCGUCUGAACCGUCGGAUUCGGGUCUUUUGGAAGAAAUAAUUUCAAAAUUCUUCCCCAAGCCGGAGCCAAGCAAACUCGAAUCCGCCGUCGGGUCGGUACUUGCACCGCCACCGGUCGUUGAUCGAGAGAUGAAGCAGGUGAUUGAUGAUUAUCAGAAUAAUACUACUGUUAUGAACCAGAUUAGUUCCUGUGGCGGUGGUUGCGGGACGUCGGCUGCUGCGCCGCCGUUCUUCAACGGGUUCCCGGUGGGCCUGCAACAAGAGAUGUCGCCGGAAUACUCCAUGUGGGACGAUAUUUUUCAGUACCCGGAACUGCUGAGCGUCUUUGCGACCAAGCUGAAUGGCGUUUGA